AUGUUAUCUCAAGUUGGCUCAAAGUGGGAUCGAGUCCUCUCGAUUUGGACCGCCUUUGACCUGACUUUCUACUUCGCUUUUUGGACAAAUGGGUCCACGUUUGGUAAACAGCUUCAACUACUUUCCUCGCUCAGUGCUGCCAAUCGAAAGGCAGCCUCAUCCGGGCUGGACCAGAAUGCAGGUUUGACUGGGCUGUACCAUCUCGUCGGCCUCCCGAACGGUACUAAAAAGUUGGUCGAGUCCGAGAAGUGGCGACAGACUGUCAUUUCUCCACUCAACACACAGCACGCGCGCACUGCGACGCAAUCACAUGCGGUCACAUUGCAGGGUCAAAUGUAUACAUUUUUGGGGGGAGAAUGCAGCUAUUCGGGGACACUAAAAAUCCGUCUCACACUUCAUCUUCACCCAUUUCACAUGUCAUCCGCGGCCAAUUGA